CGCCCCCGCCCACCCCAGCACCAGCGCCUGGAGGCGGAGCGGAGUCUCCCGCGCCACCGGCGCUUCCCGGGCAGGGCCCACACCAUGGCGGGCCUCGCGCCGCGCGUGGACUACCUGGCGGGCUUCAGCUUCCCGGUCGGGGGCCUGGCGGCGGGCAAGCCUCGCGUGCUGCGUCUCGGGGCGGAGAUCCUCCUGUCCACCGGGAGGGAGCUGGUCUACGUCUUCGACUCGGGAGGGAGGCAACUGACCGCGGUGUACAGGUUUCCCGGGCAGGUGUGGCACCUGGAGGUCCUGGCCCUUCGCAGGAUGCUCUUCGUCCUCUGCGCCUGGAGCGGCGUCUAUUGCUUGUCUUUGGACCAGGCGGGCAGGUCUGUGAGCCAGAGCGAGAGGGAUGAGGAGGACAGUGAGCCCCCGGCCCCCGUCAUCCCUGUGGACCCAGACGCCUGUGUCCUCCCCGACGCCACGCUGCGCGCUUUCACCGUGCUGGACGGCGCGCUCGUCACACUGGCCCAGGGCACCGCCCAGUGGAAGCUGCAGCUGUUCGAGUGUCCUGGUCCGGGGCAGGCCAGGCCCCUGGGCAAGACCGGCGAGGUGGAGCUGUCCGCCUCCACCCCCCCAGCCGGUGGCCCGGGGAAGCCCGAAGCCCCCCGCUUCCUCCCGGUGCUGUGCUGCGUGUCACCGCCAGGCUGCGGGGCCUCCCACGGCCUCCAGCGGGGUCCCCGGGGCUUUGUGCUGGAGGGGGCCCUGUUCGGGCUCCUCUUCGGCAUGGACGCCACCCUCCUGGAGUCGCCCGUGGUCCUCUGCGGCCUCCCAGACGGCCAGCUCUGCUGCGUCAUCCUGAAGACCCUGGUCACCUGCAGCUCGGCCCCGGGGGACCCGAAGGCCCUCGUCAGGACCCUCCAUCACCUGGAGGAGCCUGUCAUCUUCAUUGGGGCCCUGAGGACAGAGCCGCUGCCUGAGGACGGGGAGGACACCCGCUGUGACUGCCUGGUGGCGCUCGGCCACCGGGGCCGGACAUUGGCUGUCAAGGCCAGCCGCGACGGGGCCGGGAGUCCGGUGCCGGAGCUGCGGGAGUACUGCCUGCCGGGGCCCGUGCUCUGUGCCGCCUGUGGCAGGGGCGGCCGCGUGUACCACAGCACGCCCACCAGCCUCUGCCUGGUGGACCUGGCUCGGGGAAGUGCCCCCUGGCUCGGGGAGGAGGCGGAUGUGCCGGCCGCCGGCCUGGGAGGCCUGCCCUCCCUGCUGUGUCCAGCCAACCUGAGUAUCUGCAGUGUGGUCACCCUCACGGUGUCACCGAGGCCGCCUGGAGGGGGCACCGAGCUCCUGGCCCUGUCUGCCCGAGGCCGCCUGCUGACCUGCCACUUGGAGCAGAGCCCUGAGGCGCCAUGGCCCUCCAGGGGGACCACCAUGGACACUGGCCGGAAAAUCAAGGACCUGCUCUGUAGCAUCAGCACCAUCUCUGAGAGGGCGUCCUCCCUGAGGAGGGCCGUGGAGCAGCGGGACCAGGCCCUGACGCGUCUCAACGAGGCCCUGAACGUGAGCUGCGCUCUGCUGUCCCGCCGGGAGGGCCCCCGGCCCAUCUCCUGCACGACCACCACCGCCUGGGGCCGCCGGGAGCUGCGGGACGUGCUGACCGCCACCUGCCUGCUGGAGAGCAGCGGCGGCCCCCGCCUGGGCCGGGGCUGGGUGCUGUGCGUCCAGGUGCUCCCGGGCGCCCGGGCCCCAGACCCGGAGGCAGCUGGCCCGGCCAUGACCUACACCGUCCCCGUGGACCAGCUCGGCCCCGGCGGCCGCCGAGAGGUGACUCUGGCCCUGGGCCCGGGCGAGGACGGCGUGCUGGACCUGCCCGUGACCGUGUGCUGCGCCCUCUUCUGCAGCCUCCAGGAGGCGCUGGGCGGGGCCCUGGCCCCCUCGGGCUCUUUCGGGGACGCCUCACGGGAUGAGGACCGGCCCGACACCCUGCCCGGGCCGGGGGGCAUCUGCCUGCCCCUGAGCGAGCACACGGUGGACCUGCUGCAGGGCCUGCGCUUCCCUGGCCUGGCCGUGCCCCCCGCGCAGGCCUCGGGGCCGUCGGGCCCCGCUCCAGACCCCGUGGACACUUUCCUGGAGGCCUGCUGCCGCCCGGCGGGACCCGAGCCCCCGAGGGCCACGUACCUGCCCCCCUCCAUGGCUGCCAUCACGGUGUCGGCAGAGCUGCUCAGAGCCGCCUGGGGGGGCAGGUUCUCAGGCACGUCCCUGAGCUGCGCCACCCUGCAGUGGCUGCUCGCCGAGAACGCCAGCGUGGACGCCGUGCGGGCCCGAGCGCUGUCCUCCAUCGAGGGCGUGGCCCCGGACGGCACUGACGUCCGUCUCACUGUGCACGAGGUGGCGGUGGCCGACGUGUGCCCAACGGGGCCCCUCCAGGCCGCGGAGAUCCAGGUGCAGAGCUGCUCCCUGGCCAGCGUGUGCGGGGUGCAUGGCGCCGUCCUCAGGAGGAUGCAGAGGGUGGUGGAGGAGCAGGCCGCCCGGGGCUCCAGCCCGCCCGACCUCCGCAUGCAGCACCUGCACCAGACCCAGGCCAGCCACGAGGCGCUGCUGCGGGAGGUGCGGAUGCUGCGGGACCAGCUCUGCGAGGAGGAUGGGGCCGGCUCCCGUGCUGCCACUGCCACCGAGAGGCUCCUGCGGGUGUACCGGCAGCUGCGCAGCCCAGGCCUCCUGCUGCUGUGACCACUGCCGCUGGGGGUGCCCGCCUCGUCCCGCC